AUGCCUGGAUUAAAAAAUCUUAUUGGAGUGGUGAUGGGUUUGGCAACAGUAGCAUCGGCUCUUCCAGCGCUACCGAGACUUAAUGCAAGAGCAUUGAAGAUGUACGAGGUGAAGAGACAGGUUACUGCGUCGGGUCUACCGGCUGAAUUGACGGAUGUGGAUAUUUUGCAAUUCGCCCUCACACUCGAGAAUCUCGAAACUGCCUUCUACCAACAAGGCUUCGCCAAAUUCCCCGACUCGGACUUCACAGCUCUAGGUCUCACAACCCAAGACAUCGCCAAUCUAAAGAUGGUCGCCAUGACCGAAGCCACUCACGUCACUACCCUCAUGACCGCCAUUUCCGCCGCAGGCACUCAACCCGUCGCACCCUGUACUUACAAUUUCGGUUUCACCACCGCCCAAAACAUGAUCGCCACCGCCAACGUUCUCGAAAACAUCGGCGUGAGCGCCUAUCUCGGUGCCGCCCCCUUAAUCAAAGAUAAAGCGAUCCUGACCGUCGCCGCCGAAAUCGUCACCGUCGAAUCGCGCCACCAAACAUUCAUCCGCACCGCGUCCAAAGUCUCCGCCAUCCCCUCCGCCUUCGAUACUCCCCUCGGAAUCCGCAACGUUUUCUCUCUCGCAGCCCCGUUCAUUUCUUCCUGUCCCCAAGGCUCCAAUUUGGCAGUUACGCCCUUCCCGGCUGUGACGCUGACGACGGCUAAUGAGGCGAUUACCCCGGGGUCGACAUUGCAGUUGACGACGACAGCGCAGGGAGCUACGGCCUGUGCGUUUACGAAUGGAGGACAGACGGGGGGAACGGCUUUUACGACGUUUGCGAAUGGUGCGUGUACGGUGCCGCAGGGGUUGGCGGGUGAUGCGUAUUUGAAUUUGGCGAGUCAGAUGCCGGCGACGGGGGUGUUGACGGAUGAUAUUACGGUGGGGGGACCGUUGGUUUUGGCGAUUUCGUAG